UGGGUGCCGGACGCAGUUCCGGCCAGGCCUGCCCAGCAGCCCGACUUCCACGGUGACUUUGGCGCAUGACUCGGAGGCCAGCGAGCGAUUGAACUCGGGACCUUGCACUUGCGAGGCAGGCGGUGGAACCCCUGAGCUAAGUCCCCAGCCCACUAUUUUAAAAAACACGUAGGUGACCCCACAGGAUGCUUCUCAGCGCCAUGCUGCUCCGCAUGACUCUGCCCUCCCGGCACCUGGUCUGGGCUGCGGCCUCCUGCGGUCCGGCACCUGGGAGACACCGAGGAGGCCGCUUCCUGCACAGGGCCCCCACUGCCCGCUCUGACAGGGCCGGCCCUGUCUUCACCAAGGCCCUGGCCUUUGGGGACAGGAUCGCCCUGGUUGACCAGCACGGCUGCCACACCUACCGGGACCUGUACCACCGCAGCCUGCGCCUGUCCCUGGAGAUCUGCAGGCUCCGUGGCUGCAUGGACGGAGACCUGCAGGACGAACGGAUCUCCUUCCUGUGCUCCAACGAUGUCUCCUAUGUCGUGGCCCAGUGGGCUUCGUGGGUGAGCGGUGGCAUCGCUGUCCCCCUCUUCUGGAAGCACCCCGAGCCACAGCUGGAGUACUUCAUCCAGGACUCCCGCAGCUCCGUGGUCCUGGCCAGCCCGGAGCAUGUGCCGCUGGUGGGCCCAGUCGCCGGGAGGCUGGGGCUCCCACUCUUGUCUCUCCCUCCCGACGUCUACCAUGGGGCUGUGGAGGAGCCCGCAGCGGAGCCAGAGCAGAAGCACAAGUGGCGAGAACGGGGCGCCAUGAUCCUCUACACCAGUGGGACCACAGGGAGGCCCAGGGGCGUGCUGAGCACCCACGGCAGCCUCACGGCCACGGUGACUGGGCUGGUCCAUGCCUGGGCGUGGACGAGAGACGACGUGAUCCUGCACGUCCUCCCGCUGCACCACAUGCACGGCGUGGUCAACAAGCUGCUGUGCCCGCUCUGGGUGGGGGCCACCUGCGUGAUGCUGCCCGAGUUCAGCGCCCAGCAGGUUUGGGAAAAGUUCCUUAGUUCUGAAACUCCACGGAUUAAUGUGUUCAUGGCAGUGCCCACCAUAUACUCCAAGUUGCUGGAUUACUACGACCAGCACUUCACCCAGCCUCAUGUCCAGGAUUUCGUGCGUGCAGUUUGUGAAGAAAAAAUAAGGCUCAUGGUGUCCGGCUCGGCCGCACUGCCCACGCCCCUGCUGGAGAGGUGGAAGAGCGCCACGGGCCACAUGCUGCUGGAGCGCUACGGCAUGACCGAGGUUGGCAUGGCCCUGUCCAGCCCCCUGGCCGGGGCUCGCCUACCAGGUUCUGUGGGGACCCCACUGCCCGGAGUGGAGGUUCGCAUCGUCUCGGAGAGCCCACAGAGGGACGGCUGCCCAUACACCGUGCACGCCCAGGGGGACACGCAGGGGACAAAGGCAAACAGUCCCUCAGCAGCCGACUGCUCCGCCUUCUUCCCACCGGGCCUCCCUGUCCUCCCUGAUGUCCUGCUGCCCCACCCCGUUGUCCCAGGUGUCACUUUGCACAGGGUGGGCUCGGGCUGGCGGCCUGGACCAUCUCGGGCGGGCCUGGGCUGUGUCCCUCCUCCCUGGGCUGGGCAGCCCCGCCAGCCCUGCCUAUUCCUGGUGAUCAGGUUUCUGUCCCAGGAGCUCUGGGUGCUUUUUUUUUUUGAGAAAACCAAAGUGUGCUGGCCUUGGAUCGGUCUCCUUCUGUAAAGAGCUCUACUGAGAUACAAUCGUGUAUCAGACAGUCUGCCGUGCAAAGAGCACAGCCGGUGGCUUUCGUAUGUUCUCAGUCAGCACGCGUCGCACAGUUCCACCCCAGGAGCUCUGGGACCUCAGGGGCUCACUCCUGCCCUCUUCUCUCCCCUCACUCAGCCCCAUGAAACAACUUAUCUGCUUCCUGUCUCCACAUAGUUGCCCAUUCUGGACUUAAAAAAAAUAAUUUCAAUAAUACAGAAGAAGUACUCGAUAGAAUUCAAUAUCCCUUCAUGAUGAAAACUAUCAAUAAUUUCAAUUAGAUAUAGAAGGAACUUACCUCAACAUAACAAAGGCCACAUACAGUUAAUCCACAGCUUGACUCAUACUGAAGGGGGUCAGUGAAAAGCUUCCCGUAAGACCUAGAACCAGACAGGAAGCACCACUGUGCCCACUUCUGCUCAACAUCACACUAGAAGUUCUAGCCAGAACAGUUAGGCCAGAGAAAGAAAUCAGUCAUCAAACUGGAAACAAGAAAGCAAAAUUGUCCCUGCUUAGAGGGCAUGACGCCUGGAGUCCUAGCUUGGAGUGAGUCCCAGCUGCAUCAAGGCAGGAAGACCGAGCGCUCAAAGCCAGCCUGGGCUGCACACCACAACCUUGGCUCACAAAAUGAAAGGCCAUGUGCAGACGACACAAACUUGAAUACAGAAAACCCUGGAGACUAUCAAACUCAGAGCUCCUAAACAACUUCAGUAGUUUCAGGAUACGAAUAACAGACAGAAAUCAGUAGCAUAUCUAUACACAGAGUGAACUCUGAAAAAGAAAUCAGGAAAAAUAAUCUCAUCUAUAGUAGCCAUAAAAUAAUGAAAUGCUUAGGAAUAAAUUUGACCAAGGAGGUGAAAAAUCUCUACCCUGAAAACUACAAAACAGUGAUACGAAAUUGAAGAAGACACAAAUAGAUGGAAAACUCCCUGUGCUCAUGCAUUGGGAGAGUAAGUGUUAAAAUGCUUGUACUACCCAGAAUGAUCUACAGGUUCAGUGUAAUCCCUAUCAAAACACCAGUGAUCCCAGCAAUAGAGAAAGUCCUAAAAUUUGCAUGGACCUGUAAAAGACACCAGAUAGACAACAAAGUCUAGAGCAAAGAGAUCCAGGCCAAAGGCACCAAGACAACUGCAGGAUGAACAGCAAAGCUGUUUGGAUGAACACCGAAGAGCCCAGACACCCACACCAGUGGGGCAGAGCAAGCCCGGGAGGGCCACGCUGACAGCCAGCUGAUCGCAGCUGGGACUUGCAGAUGUAUUGGAGACUUCAGUGCAUGCUGUUGGGAAAACUGGAUAUCCACACGCAGUAGAAGGACGUUGGACCCUUACUCGCCAUAUAGAAAAAUCAAAGCGUAUUAAAGACAUGAAAGUGGGCAUGGAGUUGUUCUGAAUAUGAGCUCAAAAACAUGGCCAUGGACAGCAGAAACACGUGGGACUGCAUCAUUCAGAAGGCUUCUGCAGAGCAGGGGAACAAUCCACAGAGUGCGGGGACAGCAACAGGAUGGGAGCUGAUCUGUGCCCGCCGGGCGCCUGAUGGGGGAUUGAAAUCUAAAACGCCUGGGGGCUCCUGAGAAUCCUGUUUAGAACGGGCAAGACCUGAAGGGACUGUCUGCAGAGGAGGACACACAUAGCCAGCAGGUGUGUGGCAAGAUGCUCUAUCACAUAGGAUCAGAACCACCGAGACCCUGUCCCCUCCACAGCUGGUACCGGCAGAAGGGCUCAGGCAUAACAGGAGCCUUACGCUGUCAGCCUGUUACGGCCCCGUCAGUCUGAGGUGCCCUGAGGGGAGCACCGUCCCCUCAUUGCUGAGGCCGUGGACCAGGCUGGCCUUGGCUUUGUGAAGGCCUCUGUCUCUUUACGGGGUCUCAGGUCUGUAGCUUCCUUGCUGUCUCUGUGCUGGCCUGGUCUGGCUCGGGUGUCUGGGCAGCACUGGCCUCACAUGUGAGUGGGGUGCCCCCUCCCCUCCUGUUUUAGGGUGAACCUGUGCAGAUCUGGCAUUAUCUCUUCUCUCAGUUGUGGGAUUCAGCAGUAAAACCACCGGGGCCCAGAGGUUUCUGCUUUGAAAGAUUUUAACUGGACUCCAGUUUCCUUGGUGGUUUGGGGCUGUUCUGACCAUCACAGGUGUCUUGGGGAACUGGCCGUCUGUCCUGCUGUCCACUCUGGGAGGCUUCUCACCACCGUCCCUUGUCACUUUUCACUGUGCGGGCUGCAGUGACGCUGCCCUGGCUGCUGACAGCAACAAUCCAUGUCUUCCGUCUUGGUCUUGCUGGGGACCGAUCUGAUGCACUGAACUUUUUCCAGAGAACUAGUUUUUGGGUUCGUUGAUUUUUCCCCCUAUUGUUUUUCUUCACAUUUUGCUUUCACUGAUUUCUGUUCUUAUCUGUUUAUUUCUUCUGCUUGCUUUUGUUUCUUUCUGCCUCUGCUUUUGACUUAUUUUUCUCUUUUUCUAGUUUCUUAAGGUUAAACUUUUGGUUACUGAUUUGAGAUUCCUCUUUACUAAUAAGUGCAUGAAAGGAUAUAAAUUUCCUUCUAAGCACUGCUUUAGCUACAUCCUCCAAAUUUUGAUAUGUUGUAUUUUCGUUUUCCUUCAGUUCAAAAUAUUUUUAAAUUUCCAUUAAGACUUCUUUUGACUCACAGAUUUCAGCAUGUCAUAUAUUUUUCAAAUGUUUGGUGAUUUUUCUGAUAUCUAAGAUUGAUUUCUAAUUUCAGUGGACCCUUGACUUACAAACUCAAUUAGUUCCUGAGGGCUGGUUGUAACUCAAGUUGGUGAAUGAAGGCUCAGGCUCCUCUACACAGCCUUCAGCAUCUGUCUCCUGCACACAGGCAGAUCUCAGUGACCUUAUAGAGACCCUGGCCCAGGAUUUCUCAGUGAGCUCCACACCGGAAAGGAUGCUGUCAUGCUCCUUCCAGAACUCUUUAAGGGUUAAAUCUGUAUCUGAGACUCUUUGGAAGCACAAGCGGCCAACAUUCGGAUCGUGACUCAAGACUUUGGUAGUAAAUUAAAACUAAAAUUCCAGUUGUAACCCAAGUUGUUCAUAUGUCAGGCCCGUCGUAACUCGGGAGUCCACUGUAGUUCCGUUACAGUCAGGAAAACGCCCUUGGUGUGACUUUGUGUGUUGGCUUCGUGUGUCCAUGGGUGGUGGAGGCUCCGCACAUGUCAGGAGGAGGAGGUGGCCUCACGCCGGCCCUCUGUGUCCUCGCUGGCUUUCUCACUACUCGCCCUACCACCAGCUGAGGCUGUUGAGCUCUCCAGCUAGACUGUCUGGUUUGCUUUCAGCUUUUGCUCCGUGUAUUCUGAGUAUAGUUUGGUGCAUACACAGUGAUAACUGUUGUGUCUUCUUGGUGACUUGACCCUUUGCUGCCACAGAACACUGCUGGUUGAUUGUCCUCACUGCUACUUAGGGUUUUGGUGGGGUUUUUUGAUACUGGGGAUCGAACUUGAGACCUUGCGGUUGUGAGGCAGGCAGCGGCACCACUGAGCUACAUCCUUGGCCCUAUUUAGUUUAUUUUGUCUGAUACCAAUGAAGCCACUUCAUUCUUCUGACUGGUGUUGACAUUCCAAUGAUAGAGCCAGGGAUGUAGCUCAGUGGUGCUGUGCCUGCCUGACAAGUGCAAGGUCCUGAGUUCGAUUCCCAGUACCUGAAAAAAAAUGUAACGUUAUAUGUGAUUCUGUCCUGUUGCCACUACCCCAACUACGUGGUUGGAUUUGAGGCAAGUUUCUUACAGGCAGCACAUGCUUGGCUUACACGUGUCUGUCUCUAAUGUAGGCUGACCAGCUACAGGGGUGGUUUGAAUCAUGUACAUGUAAGGUAGUUCUGGCAUUCUGGGAUUGAACCCCCAUUUUAUUAUUUGUUUGCCGGUGCUCCCUUGGCUUUUUAUCACUCAGCCUCCCCUUCACAGCCUUCUUCAGGCUUGCACUUAGUGCUCUAUCCUGCCUGCCAGGUUUUUCAUGGGUCUCUGUGUCAUUGUUUUGGUAGGUGCUCCAGGGACAGCAGUACCCACACUUGCUUUUCAUGGUCUGCUUGCAGCAAGCACCUUCAUUCUUCCAGGUCACUCAGCUGUCACUUUGUGGCCUCUGUGUUGUGACCUCUGUGAGUGUGGACACCAUUGGACAAAACCAUGAUGGCUUCCAACCCUGGAGAAGAGAUUGGAGCACGGAGGACAGGAUGAGGCCACUGUGCUCACCAACAGUCGCCAUCUGCGUUGCUUCCCUUUUCCCUUGUGUCUUCCACUGUGAUGCAGGAGCUUCUGUAGUGGGUACUUGAGAUCAGAUCUGCUUGCAGUGCGUCCUCUGAAACACAGCAUCUGAAAGACUAAGAGGGCCUAUUUUAUCUUCAUUCCUGCAGUCCGUUUUCACAGGGUUUGGAGUUCCGGGUUGAUAGUUAUUUUCUUUCAGCACUUUAAAAACUUCUCUCUGGCCUCUUGUUUCUAAAGAGAAAUCUGUAGUCAUUUGCCUUAUUUCCCUGCUCUGAGUAAUUGCUGCUUGUUCUGACAGCUAUCGACUUUCCUUUGUCUCUGGCUUUUGUGACUGGAUCACCUUGGGCCUGGUCUGGGCCUGGGCCUCUUGUCCUGGGGCCUCUUUAGGGCUAUGUUUCCAUUGUGGGUUUUCAGGUGCAGGUGAUGCCAGCCUGCUCGUCCCCCGCCCUGGCCCGCUUUCUCACCUGUGCUCGGGGGCAGGUGCUGCAGAGGACCUGCAGGGGACCUUGACACGCGGAGGUUGUCUCUUCUGGGACUGCCUGAGGCCCCAACCUGGGCGUGGUCUGAGAUUCUAAGCUUCCUGUGUGGAGGAGUCGGGGUGCCGCCCGUGCUGACACCUCUGCCUCUCUGUAGCCCUCCCUCCUUAGCGACCCCUCUGCGCAUCUGCAGCCCAGAAGGCACUCCGGUGGUGGCCGCCCGAGCGUCCCAUUGCCGGCGGGAGGCCUGAGGGAUGUCAGAAGUGCUCAGCGGCCCCGUGGCUGGGCCAGUGGUGCAUGCAGCCCCGAAGCACAGUCAAGGCACCUGCUUUGUGUGGCUGUUGCAGCCAAAGGCCGGGCAAGAGCAUACUGGGGCCCACCCGUCACAGGCCACAUGCUCAAACUGCAGAGUCUGAUGCCAGACGCCACCUGGCCCUUAGGAUGGCCUGGGCAGGUGAGACCCGGAGGGCAGUGUGCCCCGCGACCUGCAUGUCCCUGCCGCC